UCGAACACAGUGACGGCACUACUACAUCAGCGUCAGCUGGGACUCUCGAAUGCACAAAAACUCCGUAUGAAGGCUUCUGACAACCUCGAAUUAUCCAAUAAAUACAGAGGCGCUUCCGGUGAUGUGAUUGUUCUGGGCUGGUCGCCCGAUGGCACCAGGUUCGCAGCCGGGGCAGCGGCGCAGGCUGAUGUACACAACAUGUCGUAUAAUCGUAACAAUAAUCUGCUUCUUGGAGACUUGGCCCGGAACUCAUUGGAGGAGUUACCAGAGCAUUGGGUGCGUCGACCGCGGGGCGGGACAGCCGAAAGUCCUGACUUGCAAGACCCUCGUCUGUUCAUGAGUGUUACAGCUAUCGAGUGGUGGGAAGACGCUCUGUUUACGGCGAGUUAUGACCGCACUGUCAAGCUGUGGCAAUGCUCAAGUCGAGGGGCAAUGUGCUAUAGAACAUUACGGCAUGAUAGCCAGGUGGAAGUCAUGGCUCGCUCGAAAUACAUGCCUGAUCUACUAGCAACAGGGACCCGCUCGAUCGGCCUCUGGAAAUUGGGUGAAAUGGAAUAUGCAGCCCUCGAAACCCGCAAACCCCGUUCGAACAAGGCCCUUGAGUUGGUGCCUUCGUCGCUGGCCUGGGGCACGAUUCCAGCGACUGGGAAUAUCCUCCUCGCAGGCUUGUCUGAGAAGGGAUACGAGGGUCUAACUCCUGAUGGCCAGUUGGCAGGCUGGCAAGUGGCCGAGUCUUCCAUCACGACUCUGAACUUUCUACCCAACUCGCAAAACGUGUUCGACAUUAAAUGGCACCCUACUUUGCCGGUGGCUGCUGUGGCUAAUUACAUUGGCCACACAUUGAACAAGGCAUCUAAGGGGAGCAAAACUUCUGUUCGCAUAUACGAGCCGCUGACGUCGAAAGUGACUGUCAUGGAGUUUGAAUGUCCUGCGCUGGAUAUUAAUGAUGUGACCUUUUGCCCGAUGAACACGAACUACAUCACCGCGAGCUGCACCGAUGGUGCUACGUAUAUCUGGGAUUUUCGAAACCCGGCAGACAUAUUGCACAAGCUACAGCAUGGUGAACCGCUCAGUCCGACGAAUGAUAAUUUACCCCGCGAACAAACCGAUGUUGGUGUUAGAACGGCUCUCUGGGGCGAGACGGUCCGAGAUUUCUACAGUGGAGGUUCCGACGGUGUGCUUAAGAAAUGGGAUAUUCUCCGGGCCCCAGAGGAUGUUUUGGACAAGGACAUGGCAGAUCUGAAAGAGGAGAUCAUGAGCCUCUCUUUCUCGCCUGAUAAGACCAAUCUCCUAGUAGGAGAUGCAGCUGGCGGCAUUCAAAUUCUCUCUUCGGCGCCCUUCUCGCGCACGGACCGUGUUACGAUGGACUACAAGCCUGCAUCCGAACCGCAAAAUGCCAUGCAAACAGAAACUCCUGAGUCGGGAGUCGCCAUCGGUGCCGAGUUACUGCGCUCCGGCCAGCUAGAGCGGCACCCCAUCUAUGGCGUGGGCAAAGGUCCGUAUUACGAUGGGCCGUUCGCCGCGUGGGCCCGGCCAGAAAAUACGCCAUUGGAGGAAGUAGCCUACACCAUGCUGGCGGAGAACUGGCAGGUUCUGCAGCUCGACGGACUCGAUCCCAGGUAUCGCAUCGGGCUGGAGGAGAAAGAACGUGAACAAGUCGAAACUCAACGGAGGAUAGCACAGAUGCGCAACCAGCGGGCUGGUCAGAAAAAACGGGGUCUUGAAGAGGCCAAGGACAUCAUCAACCUGUGCAGCGAUGAAGACUCGGAAGUCUCAGAGCCACCUUUUCAGCCUAAGCGACGGUCGGCAAAGGCCAAGGUCAAGGUUGUAGCUGUAGAGGUGAUUGAUCUGACGGCAGAUACUAUACAGACUGCUGAAGUUCCGGUCAUGCCUACUUCAGUUCCCACUCGUUUCUGGAGUCCAGUGGACGAAGAACUCAGCGAGGCGCUAGAGGACGAUUUCUGGUGGCCGCCUAACGAAGCUGUGGAUGCAAAUAUUCAAGAUAGUGAAUGA